AUGAAAAGCGUUCCGAUCAGACUUCAAACAUUGGAAUACCCUCCGUUUACUUAUUACGCUGAAACAACGCCGGAGAAGGCCAAUGCCAGGAAAGAUCCUCGGUAUUAUGAAGAUAAUAAUCCAAUUUUUAUCGAUGGGACCGAAUGUCGAAUGCUGCUUGAAUUCUGUUUUCGAUAUAAUUGCACCAUAGAUGCACAUUUUGAUGAAGUUGGUAUGUGGGGAGGUGUCUCUGAAAAUCGUACAGGAACAGGAAUGAUCGGAGCAGUUGCAACACGUCAAUCUGACUUUGCUGUAGCUGCUAACUAUUACUGGCUUGACCCGUACCGCUUUUCAACUUACUCGGAAAUGCUCAGCCGUUCCGGAUUGAUAGCGCUCGUUCCGAAGCCGAAAUUAGUUGCCCCGUGGCGUACUCCGUUUCUUUCCUUCUCCAAGCACCUUUGGAUAGCGGUGGCCAUUGCGUUUGCGGUAGGUGUUGCCGCCGUAUGGUUGAUCGAGAAGGGCCGCUGGCACAUCGUGGGCUCGUCCGAUGGGGAUCAUCCGAAAAGUUUCGGCGAUUCUCUGCUGACCAUGAUCGGGUUCUACAUGGAGCAGAGUGCUUUCAUGAGAAACGAUUUGAUGGCUUGCGUGUUCCUGUUCAGUGCGCUGUUGUUUGCUGGGUUCAUGGUCGGGAAUUUGUAUGGAGCCGGCUUGGCUGGAAUCAUGACGAUUCCUCAGUAUGAACCUGCCAUCGAAACGCUUCAUGAUCUGGCCGAUAGUGGUCUUAUCUUUGUGGGUGUCGACAUAGCUUGGAUGUAUGCCUUGAUGCCAUCACCACAGGCCUAUAUUCAGAAAAUCGUGCGACACUUCAAAGUAGUGGAUGAGGAGUACAUGAUUCGGCAUAGAAGUAUCCAUGACGUGGGGUACGUUGGAGAGAAAACUCAAUUCGGACAUUUUGUACCCAUUCAUUAUUUGGAUGUGGAAUCAUCGAGGCAUUUUCAAUUACUGAAGGAGGAUUUAUCGAACCAGUAUUGUGCAGUGAUCCUCACCAAAACCUGUCCAUUCAAGCAAACGUUCAACGAUCUUGUGAUUGUGGUUCGCCAAACUGGUAUUCAGUAUUUUUGGGAAACAUUGGUUGCUAACAAUUAUCUCAGUGUAACAAUCCAACAAAAUUUGCUGGGUAGCGUUCCUUCGGAUAGCGAUGCAGUGGUGCUUGGGUGGAUAUCACAAAAUCCGAAAGUGGUUCAAGGAGCCAGUUCACCUGUUACAAUCCGGUUCAACGAGCCCCAUCACGACAACGAAAGCGAGAGCCAGGACACCGAAGCUGAGAAGCUCGAUCGCUACUAG